UUCUUCCUAGCUCCAACCACGUACGUUUAUAAAUGCACACACAUGCAACUGCUUCUUCCUAGCUCCAACCACCUACGUUUCCCUCUCUCGACAACACACAAUGGCCGAGGGCGAUCCCGAGGUGCAGUCGUGGGCAGGCAGCCUGCGUCUUGGAAGCCGACGGCUAUUCGAAAGAUCUGAGAGUGUUUUUUCUGCUUCUUCCGCUUCAAGAAACCGCCUAGAUGAUGAAGAGUCCCUCAAAUGGGCAGCCAUCGAGAAGCUCCCCACCUACGAUCGUCUCAGAACUUCAAUUCUCAAGGACAUUCAUGGUGAAGUAGAUGUUACAGAUAUUCAACUCGACAGUCGACAAAAGGUGCUCGAUAGGCUUGUCAAAGUUGCAGAGGAGGACAACGAACGCUUUCUCCAUCGCCAGCGUAGAAGAAUCGACAGAGUCGGCAUUAAAUUGCCCGAGGUCGAAAUCCGUUACGAGCACUUGAAUGUCGACGCCAACGUCCAUGUGGGAGGCAGAGCAUUACCUACGCUCCUCAACUAUACCCUCGAUAUUUUGGAGGGAUUGUUGGGAUCGCUUGGUUUAUACAAGGGCAACAAAACAACCAUGACUAUUCUUCAUGGCGUCAGUGGUGUGGUGAAGCCCGGCAGGCUUACGCUCCUUCUUGGACCUCCUGCUUCGGGCAAGUCUACGCUCCUCUUGGCUCUUGCAGGAAGGCUGGAUGAAUCUCUCAGAGUUACAGGAUCGGUAAAAUACAAUGGGCAUAGCACGGAUGAAUUCGUCCCAGAGAGGACAUCUGCUUACAUUAGUCAGCACGAUUUGCACGCAGGGGAGCUGACUGUAAGGGAAACCUUGGACUUUGGUGCUCGCUUUCAGGGCGUUGGCUCCAGAUAUGAUAUUUUGACUGAGCUUUCCAGGCGAGAGAAAGAACAGGGUAUCAAACCAGAUCCGGACAUAGAUAUCUUCAUGAAGGCAACUUCAAUAGACGGACAAAAGACGAGCAUGAUGACAGACUACAUCUUGAAGAUAUUGGGGCUGGACAUCUGCGCAGACACGAUUGUAGGAGAUCAAAUGCACAGAGGUGUUUCAGGUGGGCAAAAGAAGAGAGUUACAACUGGAGAGAUGAUCGUGGGAGCUGCAAACGCGCUGUUGAUGGACGAGAUUUCAACCGGCCUUGACAGCUCUACCACAUUUCAGAUUGUUAAAUGCCUGCGUCAAUACGUGCACGUCUUCAAUUCAACCAUGGUCAUUUCGCUUUUGCAACCUGCCCCCGAAACAUUUGAUCUCUUUGACGAUGUCAUUCUACUUUCCGAAGGCUAUCUCGUCUACAGCGGGCCCCGUGAAUCCAUUCUUGAAUUCUUCGAGUCCAUGGGAUUUAGAUGUCCUGAAAGGAAAGGUGUAGCUGAUUUUUUGCAGGAGGUGACUUCGCCCAUGGAUCAAGAACAAUAUUGGGCGAACAGAAGUCGAGCGUACCGUUAUGUGCCAGUGAAGGAGUUUGCAGACGCAUUCCAAUCUUUCCACGUUGGAGCCAAAAUGAAUGCAGAGCUAUCAAUUCCCUAUGAUAAAACCAAAUCUCAUCCGGCUGCGCUGACCAAACACAAAUAUGGUGUAAGUAAAAUGGAGCUUUUCAGAGCAUGUUUGGACAGAGAAAUUUUGUUGAUGAAGAGGGGUGCCUUUGUCCACAUCUUCAAAUCCGCUCAGAUCACUCUAAUCGCUUUGAUUACGAUGAGCGUCUUCUUCCGAACCAAUAUGCAUCACAGAAAUCUGAAUGAUGGAACAAUCUACUUCGGAGCUCUCUUCUUUGGGUUAACACAGCUCAUGUUCAAUGGUUUUGCGGAACUAUCAAUGACAAUUGACAAACUCCCAGUAUUUUACAAGCAGAGGAGUUUAAAGUUCUUUCCUGCUUGGGCUUUCUCUCUUCCAACCUGGGUUACCACGAUUCCUUCUUCCAUACUCGAAUCUGUGAUAUGGACUGUUGUCACAUACUAUACCAUUGGUUUUGCCCCAAGUCCUCACAGGUUUUUCCGACAGUGGUUGCUGUUGUUCGCACUUUCUCAAACUUCACUAUCACUUUUCAGAUUCAUAGCAUCUCUAGGACGAAAUCGAGUAGUGGCAAUGACAUUUGGCACUUUUGCCCUCUUGGUUAUUUUCGUUCUUGGGGGAUUCAUCGUCUCCAGAAAUGAUAUUAAAGGUUGGUGGAUAUGGGGUUACUGGAUUUCUCCUCUCAUGUAUGCUCAGAAUGGAAUUGCAGUAAACGAGUUCUUAGCAAGUAGAUGGCAAAAGGAAACGGAAAAUGUUGGUGUGAAGUUGUUGCAUUCUCGUGGACUGUUUUCUGAUAACUGGUGGUAUUGGCUUUCUGUUGGGGCGCUCUUCGGAUACGCUGUUCUCUUUAACGUGCUCUACACAGUGGCAUUACAGUAUCUUGAACCCCUGGGAAAGCCACAAGCAACAAUCUCUGAAGAUGACUUGAAACAUAAAGAAAAUUCAACAGUUGGUUUGCAAAAUAGAGCCUUCCAUGAGAAUGGAGUUGAAAUGCAAAACAUUCAACAAGGGGGUAUCAAAGAAGUUCAAUCUGUUGUGGGGAGAAGUUCUCAACGACAUAGAAGUAGCAGUGUUUCGAAUAGGUCUGAUUCCCUUGUGACAAGUGCUCGUGAGGCUGGCAAGAAAGGGAUGGUUUUGCCCUUCCAACCUCUCUCCUUGGCUUUUCACCAUGUCAGUUACUUUGUGGACAUGCCCGAGGAAAUGAAACAACAAGGAGUAACAGAGGACCGACUUCAGUUACUACGUGAAGUGAGUGGGACAUUUAGGCCAGGUGUGUUGACAUGUUUGAUGGGGGUGAGUGGAGCAGGGAAGACAACCUUGAUGGAUGUUCUUGCUGGAAGAAAAACUGGGGGAUAUAUUGAAGGUUCCGUCACAAUAUCUGGUUAUCCCAAGAAACAAGAGACCUUUGCUCGCAUUUCUGGUUACUGCGAACAAAAUGAUAUACAUUCUCCAUGUGUCACAGUCUAUGAAUCCCUCAUAUACUCUGCUUGGCUUCGUCUUCCCAAAGAAGUCGAUCGUAAAACUAGAGAGAUGUUUGUGGAAGAAGUUAUGAGUCUGGUAGAGCUAGAAAACUUGAAAGGAGCUCUCGUGGGUCUUCCUGGAAUGAGAGGGUUGUCUACUGAACAGAGAAAGAGGUUGACAAUUGCAGUGGAAUUGGUAGCAAAUCCAUCCAUUAUAUUCAUGGAUGAGCCAACGUCAGGACUGGAUGCUAGAGCUGCUGCAAUUGUUAUGCGAACUGUUCGAAAUACUGUGGACACAGGACGAACUGUUGUGUGCACCAUUCAUCAACCAAGCAUAGACAUAUUUGAGGCCUUUGAUGAGCUGGUGCUGAUGAAGCGUGGAGGGCAAAUGAUAUAUGUAGGACCUCUUGGUCACCAUUCAAAGGACCUGAUUGAAUAUUUUGAGGCAGUUGAAGGAGUUUCAAAAAUAACCCAGGGUUACAAUCCGGCAACAUGGAUGUUGGAGUCCUCUUCUGUUGGGGCUGAGCUUCGACUUGGAGUUGAUUUUGCAGAAAUAUAUCGCAAUUCCCGUUUGUAUGAGAGAAAUGACGCUCUGAUAAAGGAAUUGAGUGUACCAGCUCCAGGGUCAAAUGAUAUAUACUUUGAAUCACAAUAUUCACAGCCUUUCCUCAUCCAGACAUGCGCUUGCCUAUGGAAGCAACAUUGGUCAUAUUGGAGAAACCCAGAAUAUAAUGCAAUGCGCUUCUUUUUCACACUCAUCGUCGCUUUGAUUUGUGGCACAAUUUUUUGGAGGAUGGGUAGCAAGACAGGAGAGCAAAAAAAUGUUACCAAUGCAAUGGGCUCAAUGUUUGCAUCCGUCAUGUUUUUGGGUGUUAACAAUGCAUCAUCAGUUGAGCCUGUUGUGGAUGUUGAAAGGACAGUUUUCUAUAGAGAAAAGGCUGCAGGGAUGUAUUCGGCUCUCCCAUAUGCUUUCGCACAAGUGCUGAUUGAAAUACCCUACAUUUUUAUUCAAGCAGUAGUGUAUGGAUUAAUUGUGUAUGCAAUGAUUGACUACAAAUGGGAGGCAGCAAAGUUCUUCUGGUUCUUCUUCUUCAUGUUCUUCACAUUUCUAUACUUCACAUUUUAUGGCAUGAUGACUACCUCUCUCACUCCCAAUGCAAAUGUAGCUGCAAUUGUAUCCUCAGCUUUUUAUGGAGUAUGGAUGCUUUUUUGUGGCUUUAUAAUUCCACGAAAUAAAAUUCCAGUGUGGUGGAGAUGGUACUACUGGGGAGACCCAGUCUCAUGGACACUCUAUGGAUUGGUUGCUUCACAAUUUGGAGAUCUUGAAAACAUAAUAUCAAAAACUGAUGGCACUACAGAAAUACUCAAGGAUUUCUUAAAGAAUUACUUUGGAUUCAGACAUAGCUUCCUAGGAGCCACUGCAGGAAUUACAGCAGGAUGGAGUAUUCUCUUUGCCUUCAUCUUCGCCUUUGCCAUUAAAUAUCUCAACUUCCAAAAUAGAUAGAUAUUGCAGGGGAACUCACCAUGACAUUUCCACAUAUAUGUAUAUAUACAUAUAUCAAAAUGAAAUGUGGUUUCAUGGACAUGCACUAAUAUGAUGCCAGUUAAUAUUUUACAUGCUCAAGUUUAGUUCAAAAGUCUCCACAUAUGAGAAGCGGAGUGCCAUUGAAUUACACCAAUAUUUCCAUGCUACUUUCGUGUAGCGAAAAAUCUCUUGAUUUAAUUAUUAUUUUUUCUAAAUAAGUUAUUAUUAUUUAUGCUU